GAAAGCCAGGCUUGCUCGAAUUCGUGCAGCAAAGAGUGGGAGUGCUAAUGCCUACAUGCAGAGCAAAAGAAAUGGCUUACUGAGUAACCAGCUGCAGCAGUCCUCCAGUGAAGAAGAACAGGCCUUUGUUAGCAAAGCUGGCUCUUCCUUUGAAACACAGCACCACCACCUGCUUCACUGCCUGGAAAAAACUACGAACCACGAGUUCGUGGAUGAGCAAGUCUAUGAAGAGAGCUGUAUGGAGGUUGCCACAGUCAACAGACCCCCCAGCCACAGCCCUUCUCUCUCGUCUCAACAAGGAGUCACCAGCACUUGCUGCUCACGAAGGCAUAAAAAGACCUACCGCAUCCCAAACACCACCCUCACCGGCAGCCGCCCCGGCAGCGUGCAGGAGCUCAGCACCAUCCAGAUCAGAUGCGUGGAGAGGACGCCUCUGUCUAACAGCCGUUCCAGCUUAAAUGCCAAAGUGGAAGAGUGCGUUAAACUAAACUGUGAGCAGCCUUACGUCACUACAGCAAUAAUUAGCAUCCCGACACCUCCAGUCACCACACCUGAAGGAGAUGAUAGGCCAGAGUCUCCCGAGUACUCGGGAGGAAACAUUGUCAGAGUAUCUGCUUUAUAAAAGAAAGAAUUAUUUAUAAAUUAGCAUAAAGACCACUUGCAAGCUGAGCUCAAGCAGUGAGAAAUGAGUUGCGAGGAAUGAGAGAGCUGACAAAGACAACGCCCCUUGACGUGUGUGCCAGCAGUGCAGAACGAGAGGUUCAGGAGAAACAAAACACCUUGUGGGUUUUGGUGUCAUAGAGUGUGAACCAAAAGGAGUUUCUUACCCCUUGUCUGAACUGACACACGGUGGAAUCUUCUGUGACCAUCCUGACUUACUAUAUGAGCACAAUGAAAUGUCCCCAUUGAUGCUUCUUCUUAUCAUGAGAGCUCUUUUUAGAAAAACA